AUGACUACCAAUGUCAUUCCACCAACACCACUGAAGGAUGUUGGCAGCAGUUAUAGCCUUUACAAUCCUCCUCGUUAUCCCUCCCCACAUGAACGUGGCGCUUCUGUCAAUGCAGGAAAUGUCAAUGACCUGUUCUCUGAUCCUCAGGGCAGCAAAGAUGCACCUUCCUUGAUGUCAGGCCAGUCAUUUGUUCCCAGAUGGAAGUCUGCCAACAACAACGUGAUCCUCAAAGCUGCUUUCAUCGAAAUUGAGCAAUCAUUCCUUGAGCUCUCUUGGUCGACAUUCAAUUCCAGUGCAGCAAGUCAUCAACUGGUUCUUGAAAAGUUGUGUUACUUCAAGGAUCACACAGAGCAAGAACUUGCACGUGUUGGGCAUGAGGUUCCUGCAGAUGGAGGCUCUCUGGUUCCAUGGUCGAUGUUAGGUAUGUCGAUUCGGACAAAAUGUUACAACCUCUUCAAAGAGGCCUUUCCAGACACAUACAAAGACAUUCUUAUUGCUGAUAGCACUGCUGCUAAAUUUAGCUUUGAGACCACAAUGGUCAUCUGUGGCAAAAUUGUCAAUCAAGAUGCCUCCCUUGGUCAAGUUCAUACUACACCAGGCACUGCAGAGUUCUGGAGUACACGAUGCCGGGCUGAUGAUGACACUAUCAUUGGUCACCUCAAAGCUCAUGUCUACAAUAAAACUUCACUGACAGUAGUUGAUGAUGCCUUCAACGACUUGCCUGAAUAUAAUGGAGAUGCCUCUUCUCGGGAUGCUGACUCGAUUCCUUCCACCAAAGUUGAGGGUCACGAUGAAUCUCUCCAGUGGCUCAAGAAAGCAAUCGCAAAACAAGUCACUAAACUUGGCGGGAAGUUUGCAUCCGACAAGAACUUCCCCUGGAAAAUGAUGCCCAGCUCCUUAGCCUCUGGCGGCCUGAACAUAGAAGGGUAUCCCGCCCACAAGUGUCUCAUGCUGGGUGAAUCCCAUGAUCCGACAUCAAAGAAUAACAAGGGGAUAGGUGUAUUGAUGUUCAAAGAGGUUGCAGCGCUUGUUGAUGCUUUCAAGGCUGGCACCAUGCGGGUGGUCAAGUCUUCCAGUAUGCUGUAA